UCUAAGAAAAAUUACAAUUCUAUUGUGAAGUGAAAAAUUAUAAACCAUGGCUGCAGCAGAUGUUGAGGAUGACAUUUAUACGGGAUAUAAUGAUUACUCGUCGGUGUACAAGGAUCUUGAGCAAGAUGAAUUAUUUCAGGAGGUUAUCAAAACAAGUUACGGAAAGAGAUCAAUAUUUACUCCAAAGACACCGGGUACAGCAAUGCGCUUAGGAACAGCAAGCAGAUUUCAGAGAAGUGAUACUGCUACAUCCAUGCAGCCUAUGACUGGUGGACUUAGACCUAUGACAGCAGUAAGAAGUGCUGGUUAUACUAGUCGACAGACUUUUGAUCCUCUCAACAUGGGAAGCAGCGCCAAAGGUCCUGCACCUCCAUUGGAAACUAACAAAGAAGACACACCGGAAGAAAAAAUAAAAGCAGCAGAAAGAAAAAUAAUGGGAUUGAUAGAAAGCUCUGCAGAAGCAGCUUCUGAAAAUAAUAUGCGGAUCGCCUUAGAACGUGCGCGCGAAGCCUCUUCAAGAGAGAGAGCUCUUAUACGAUUGCAAGAACAAGCUGGUCUCAGUGAUAAUCAUAAUAUAGACUUGACAUUUGCUGUGCUGUUUAAUUUGGCGGUUCAAUAUACAAACAAUGAGAUGUACACAGAGGCUAUAGCAACUUAUCAGGCAAUAACAAGAAACAGAAUGUUUAGCAAUAGUGCCAGACUUAAAGUCAAUAUGGGAAAUAUUUAUGUGAAAAUGGGCCAAUUAUCCCAAGCUAUUAAAAUGUAUAGAAUGGCCUUUGAUCAAGCACCAACAGUCCAUAAGGAUCUAAGAAUAAAGAUUAUGCAUAACAUGGGAAUGUUAUUUGUGCAAAUGGGUCGGUUAGAAGAAGCGGCUAGUAGCUUUGAAUGGGUGAUGAGAGAAAGAGCUGAGUUUAAAGCGGGCUUACAUGCUGUUUUGUGCCAUUUUGCAUUAUCUCAUCGCGAUAAAAUGAAAAGAGCUUUCUUAGAAUUAUUAGAUGUACAACUUAAUGUAGAUCAGGAGGACAAGUAUAGCAUAAAUCCUGAUGAUGCUGCAACUAAUAUAUUAAAUGAAGUUAUAAGGAAUGAUAACUUAUCAAUAUUGGAAAAAGAAAUGAAAUUGGAAGCUGAAAAAAGUAUACUUUGUGCAGCAAAGCUUAUAGCACCCGUUAUUGAAGAUACACUUACAGCUGGAUUUGCUUGGUGUGUUGAUGCGAUAAAAUCCUCGGCUUAUGGUGUUUUAGCCGCCGAUUUAGAAAUAAAUAAAGCUAUGGUAUUUUUGCAUAAUCGAGAAACGCAACUCGCCAUAGAUACAUUAAAGAUGUUCGAAAAUCGCGAUACUAAAGCUAACAGCGCGGCAGCAACUAUGCUUUCGUUCAUCUAUUAUCUCCAAGGAGAUUACGAUCAAGCUGAGAAAUAUGGCGAAGCAGCUCGUAAUGCUGACGCUUAUAACGCAGCGGCCUAUGUUAAUUUAUCUGCUUGUGCAAUUAAAAAAGAUGAAUUGAACAUUGCUAGAGAACUAUUGUUAUGUGCAUUAGAAACAGAUGCUAGUCAUGUACAAGCUCUUUAUAAUUUGGGCUUAGUAUAUAAAAAACAGACUAUGUAUGAAGAGGCCUUAGAAUGUUUCUGGAAAAUUCGUAAUAUCGUUAGGCAUGAUCCACAAACCUUAUAUCAAAUAGGACAUUUAUAUCAGCUGAUGAACGAUGUGGAUCAAGCAUCUGAAUGGUAUAAUCAGUUAUUAGGUAUAUUAUCAUCUGAUCCAGGAGUUUUACAGAAACUAGGAGAAUUGUAUGAUUCAAUAGGAGAUAAACAACAGGCGUUUCAGUUUUAUAAUGAUUCGCACAGAUUUUAUCCUGCCAAUUUUGAAGUGAUAGACUGGAUUGGAUCCUAUUUCAUAUCAAUGCAGGUUGCUGAAAAGGCGUUGACUUAUUUUGAAAAAGCGGUAGAACUCGCGCCAGACGAACCAAGAUGGAGAUUAUUGGUUGCUGCAUGUUUAAGACGCACUGGACAAUUUCAUAAAGCUCUCAUGGAGUAUCAAGAUAUUCAUAAUAAAUUUCCGGAUAAUAUAGAAUGCCUAAAAUUUUUAAUCAGAUUAUGUAGUGAUAUGGGUUUGAAAGAAGCACAAAUGUAUGCAGCUGAAUUGAAGAAGGCUGAGAAAGCUAAAGAAUUAAAAGAUAGGCAAGGUUCAGCAAGGCCAGGCACGACAGGAUCUAGAAAAAGCAAUAGUGGAACAUCAUCGCGAGCUGGUUCAGGACUGAGUGUACUAUCAGAUCACAGGCCAAGUCCGGAUCGACGACCGAUCUCAGGCCGAACCGAUUAUCAAGGUACGAGUUAUGUAGAUCCUAUAGGACCUCUUCCUACUCGGCCUAUGACAGCAGCCGGAAAACGAGAUGAUGAUUUUGGUGACGAGGAACUUGGAGAUGAUCUAUUGCCCGAGUAGUAACUUGUGUUGGUUAUGUAUUUGUAUUGUUACAUAGAUUUAUAUAUUUUCUAAUACUAAAUUAAUUGGAAGCAGUAAAAAAUAUAAGUUAUGUUAUGA